AUGGCAGAAGCAACCCGCCAACAACAAUCCACCCUCUUCAUCGGCGGCCUGGACCACCAAGUAACCACCCAAACCCUCCACGACGCCUUCAUCCCCUUUGGCGAAAUCGUCGACAUUUCCCUUCCCAAACCCGAGCUUCCAUCCAACAAAUCCCCCCACCGCGGCUUCGGCUACAUCGAAUUCUCCCUCGCCCAAGACGCCCGCGAAGCCCUCGACAACAUGGACCAAGCCGAGCUCUACGGCCGCGUGAUCAAAGUGAACCAGGCCAAACCCCAAAAGGACGCCGGCGAAGGCUUGGGGUCCCGGACGGCGAUUUGGGAGCAGGAGGGCUACGCGACGAAAUACAACGUCAACCAAGGCGAUGCGAUCGAGGAAGGGGACGGGGACGGAGGCGAGCAGCCGAAUGGGAAUGAUCCGAUGCAAGGACUGGAGGGCCCCGAUGAAGCUGGGCCGCGGAUGCAAUGA